GGCGGUGCGCGUGCGCGCUGGCUCACAGCUUCCCGGGAGGAGGAGCGAGCGGCCUCCAGGAGGCAGCGGCUCCGCUCUCCGGGUAAGGGCGGCGGCAGCGGCGGUGCUGGGCGGGGCCGGGCUCGAGGCUAGCGGCGCGGCUGCAGGAACUGUGCGAGGUAUUGUGGGGCUGCGAGGCAUUGCGGGGCUGCGAGGCGCUCGGGCCCGCGGAGAGGCCGUGCGCGCUGAGUCGACCUCCGCGGCCACCGCGCUGCUCGUCCUGGGUGACGUCGCGCCUUGGUCCCCAGCAUGACCGAGCUACGGCAGAGGACUGUCCGCGAGGACGCACCGCCGGAGGACAAGGAAUUGGAGUCAGAAGCGAAGAUAGAUGGAGAGACUGCAUCAGACAGUGAGAGCCGAGCAGAAGCAGCUCCCCCACCAGCCCCCAUAGAUGACACCCCAGAGGUCCUUAACAGGGCCCUUUCCAACUUGUCUUCAAGAUGGAAGAACUGGUGGGUGAGAGGCAUCCUGACUUUGGCCAUGAUUGCAUUUUUCUUCAUUAUCAUUUACCUGGGACCAAUGGUUUUGAUGAUGAUUGUGAUGUGUGUUCAGAUUAAGUGUUUCCACGAGAUAAUCACCAUUGGCUACAAUGUAUACCACUCCUAUGACCUUCCCUGGUUCAGGACCCUCAGCUGGUACUUCCUUCUGUGUGUAAACUACUUCUUCUAUGGCGAGACAGUGACGGAUUACUUCUUCACUCUGGUCCAAAGAGAGGAGCCCUUGCGAAUUCUCAGUAAAUACCACCGGUUCAUUUCCUUUACCCUGUAUCUCACAGGGUUCUGCAUGUUUGUGCUGAGUCUAGUUAAGAAGCAUUACCGACUGCAGUUCUACAUGUUUGGCUGGACCCAUGUGACCUUGCUUAUUGUCGUAACCCAGUCACAUCUUGUUAUCCAUAACUUGUUUGAAGGAAUGAUAUGGUUCAUUGUUCCCAUUUCGUGUGUCAUCUGUAAUGAUAUUAUGGCCUAUAUGUUUGGCUUUUUCUUUGGUCGGACCCCGCUCAUUAAGCUCUCUCCGAAGAAGACCUGGGAAGGCUUCAUUGGGGGCUUCUUUGCCACUGUGGUGUUUGGCCUUCUGCUCUCCUAUGUGAUGUCUGGGUACAGAUGCUUCGUCUGUCCUGUGGAAUACAACAAUGACACCAACAGCUUCACGGUGGACUGUGAGCCGUCUGACCUCUUCCGCCUGCAGGAGUACAACAUCCCUGGAGUGGUCCAGUCGAUAGUUGGCUGGAAAACAGUGAGGAUGUACCCUUUCCAGAUCCACAGCAUCGCUCUCUCCACCUUUGCCUCUCUCAUCGGUCCCUUUGGAGGAUUCUUCGCAAGUGGAUUCAAACGAGCCUUUAAAAUCAAAGACUUUGCCAAUACCAUCCCUGGUCACGGAGGCAUCAUGGAUCGCUUUGACUGCCAGUACCUGAUGGCCACCUUUGUCAAUGUGUACAUUGCCAGCUUUAUCAGGGGCCCAAACCCGAGCAAACUGAUUCAGCAGUUUCUGACGUUGCGGCCGGAUCAGCAGCUCCACAUCUUCAACACACUCAAGUCUCACCUGACUGACAAGGGGAUUCUGACCUCUGCCUUGGAAGACGAGUAGUGUCCACCCAGAGCCAGGAGAGCCGGAGCAGGACUGAGAGGGGCAGGUCACCACGGCCAGCCCAAAUGCUGUGACUUAGAUAAUGAAAAGCUAGAACUCACUGUCUUUUUUUCCCUCCCUUUUAAAUUUGUGAGUUUUGUUUUUUAAAAAUCUGUAUAUACAGUCUGUUUAUAGUGUGGGCUGUGAGUAAGUUAUAGCUUUGAGUUGCAAAGGAGUCACAGGGAAGAACCAUUUGGGUUUCUUAAGUACAGGUAUUGAACAACAUGAAAGACAGUGUUGCCCAGCUCGGGGUCUGCUGGUGGUUCUAACCCCCACCCAUCUAGUUUCUGGGCUGUCUGAGAGUCAUCCGUUCAUCUGUGUCUAAUAGUAGAGAGACUCUCCCACCUGGCACAGCUUCAUGGCCUCAUUGCUUUUGCUUAACACCUUUCACUGGGGCUUCUGCAGGCAUCCCUGUCUGGGAGCAGUGGAGGGCCACCCUCUGUAGAACAGAGGUGGGAGGCUUACUGAUCAGAUAAGCUUCUUGUCCAAGCCAAAAUCCUGCAGAGGGCACAGGAGCUUUGCUCCUAGUUUGCGUUCACCAUACAGACUGAAAGAAGAUUUCAGGCUUCAUUUUUCUCAGAAAGCGUGAAGAAUUGAUGAAGUCUGGAAAGAGAACCCCACACUGUAGUAUUUCAGGUAUAUGCAGUAGAAUGCACUGUCAAGCCUUCCCUGCCACGCAGGCUCCGAGGACUUCUGGAGGAGGUCCUCCAGACUGUUUCUUUCAGAGCUGAGGCCCUCACGUUUGUGCUAUGGGUUUGCUGCUGCUGAGUUCGUCUGGGGACUCAUGAGGGGUGGGGAGCAGUGGGCUUUGGUUCACAUACCCCUUGCCUGGAAGCCCACUUGUGUUGCUGCUGUGUUGUGUACAUAGUACUCUUGAGGUGAAUGUGUGUCUGUGUGUUUAUCCGGACUUCUUCACAGAAUCCCUGAGUCCUGCUUUUUUACUACAGCAAGGCUAAUCUUCUUAUGAAAUGUGACCAGUGUAGAUGUAGUUUUUAUGUUACUGGGGACCUCUUGCUGUUGUUUGUGUAAGCUGUGAUUGUUCUUUUCCUUCCUAAGCAUAAGCUGAAAUUGAAAAGUCGAGAGGCUGGUUCUUUGUCAGGCCCAGGAGCAGGUGGCAGAGAAAGAACUUGUCCCAAGCAUGUCAACACCAUGGCCACGGUGUCCCCACUGCUGAGGAGGGCGCCAUGACUUGCUUUAAGCACAUUGGUCUGUGCCAGUUUGUUUUCAGAUUAGCCUUUCUAUCUCCUUCAAUAAACAGACAGCUCUCAGAGUGUCUGUCAUGCGCCAUCAUGCGCCCCACAUGGGAGUAGGGGUGGAACGGCUUUUUGGCUCUGAGCUUCGACGUCCACGUCAGCCUUGUGGCUUUUCUUUCUCAGCUCCCAGGGCUGCAUUGAACCCCCUGAUGCCUUGGGUUUGGGUUGUGUGGCCUUGGCUGGGAAGCUUUGCCCUCAGGGUUCUGCUUUUUUGACUUACCCUGGAAGUUCACCAGUUCUGUAACUCUCCAGAGAAGUUCCUGUCACUAGAGGCCCCUGUUGCUAUUGAGUCAUGUCUUGGGCACCCAAAAAAGGAAAUACACUCAGGUGCAUUUUACAAAUGCUCUUAGGAUGAGUCAGUGUCUUCUUAAGAUUUUCAGUGGUAUUUAGGAAGGCGACUGUACUUUUCUGACUGAAGAAUGACCUUGGAUCACCAGACUAGAUAGAGAAGGCACUCCAGUCCCCAGCAGCCAAGACUCUUGAGCCGCAGCAGUAGAGGCUUGAGGAAGUGGUUGCUGGUGCCGAAAACACGGAAAGUCGGUGCUCACUGGCGCUGCCAGCCAGAGGUCUGUAUUCUUUUCUGAGUUCCCGGGAAACAGGAGACUUUCCAGUCAAGUAGCCAGGAGAGCAGUGCCACCGUGUGUCUGUACAGCAUGUUGUUUGUCCCAUUAAGUAGGCAGGAUCCGAGAGACGGCUUUAACACGCACCGUGCAGGUCUCAGUGGCUCACAUAACUUGCUUUACACUCAUUUUGUCAGAAAUAAAAUUUUUGUGCCUUCCCUUGUCAUGAAUUUAGUGUUUGUCACCUUCAUGCAUGGCUUUCUAUUUCCACUUUGUGUGAUUGUAAGUAUUGUGCAGUUUUAAUUUAGAGGGUUUUGUUUUUCUGUUUGUAUGCCAUCUGUUCCUAGCAGCCUUCUGAGGCCCCUCGAGUGAGAGCCAGGGGCGAACCAGAAUACUGCAUCUCAGUUUGUUUGCAGGACGGGAACGUCUAGUCCUUGGCGUCCCCACACCUGAAGUUCUUCAGUGUUCCUUCUCCUAGGUCCCGGGGGCCUGAGAAAGGCCUGAGCCAGUGCUUAGCUGACUAUUAGCUUAUAACCAGUGAUAGUGGGGUCGUGGAACCCAGGCUGACAGACAGAACAAGCCAUGGUGGCUCCCUGGUGAGUUUGUUCACGAAUGUUCCCACGAAAUGGGGCCUGCCCUUUGUGUGUUAUUCCCACCCUCUUAACCACCUCAGUGUGAAAACAAAGUUCAUGUUUGUAUCUUACUUCUGAAAGUGAAGUCCUGUAAGGAAAUUGGAGAGUGUACACACACACACACACACACACACACACACACACACACACAGCCUGUUUCACAAUCUCAGCCUUUUAGUGUGUGCUUUAUAACCACAUUUAAAAUGUAUUUAUUCCUAAUGUACUGUAGUAAACAUGAACUGGUCUUCAGAGAUAUUAAAUCUAACAUGUAAUCUUAUAUAGGUGGACUGUGAAACUAUUUUUAUGAUAUUUCAGAAGACUCAAAAAAGACCUUAUGGGCUAAUUGCUGGAUUGGCAAGAGCCAGAUUUGAAUGUGUCCCUGAGUUUACCGAGCCCAUGGCAAGCUGAGGUCAGUCCCUGUUAAGGAGCUGGGUGGAGGAGUGAUGUAAGGACUUAGGACAGGGUAUCUCACACACAAGACUGUAUGGCAGUCACUUUUCUUGUGAAGUCAGCCUGAGGUAGAUCUCCAGGGGAGACUUUUCCUCACUCCCAAAGUGAACUAACAUAGCUAAAGCUUCUUGUUAGGAACAUCUGAGGCCAUGUUGUCCUUGUCUCUCAGAGUAUUUCGUGUCUGUGCCCACUGUUCCUGCUCACUGGCUCAUGUGGGAAGAGGUGGUUUUUCUUGCCCAGGUCAGGAUGAGGAGGGAGACCUGAGCGAGGGUGGCAGGGUAGCUCUGACACAAGGUGGUCAGCUGUGGGUGGACUCUCUGGAGCACAGGGUACAGAGGGUGCUUUGUAUGCUGAAGUGUUGGGGUUUUAGGACAUGGGAUGGUUUUGAGACUAGAAGGGCAGAAUAUGUAAAAACUAGAGUUUGAUGACUAGUGGUCUUCAAAUCCAUUGGCUGUCUGAAGACUCUGUCCCCACCCUUCCUCUUCGUCAGUGCCUAUCUGCUUGGCUCUUUAUCUUGUUCUCCAGCUGGCGAAGUGCAACAGUGUGUUAUUAACAAUUGCAAACAUAUAGUGCUUAAUAUGCGCCAGGCACAGUGCUAAGGGUUUGCAUGCGUUACUCCUUUACUCCAGAGGACGCUCUGGCUAGGUGUUCUCCCAUCUUAAGGAUGGGAAAGCUGAAGCUCUGGGUUAGAAAUGAGAACAAUGUGAAGAAGACUGACCUGAGGCUCAGACAGCCUCCAUCUGGCCAGGUUCCAAGCAGCUGGCUGUGAGGAUGCUUGUGAGGAUUUCCUGAGCUAAUGCAUGUGGUUAGCAAGGUGCCUGGCACAUAGUCAGCACUCAAUAAAUAGUAGUUGCUUUUUUUAUUCUGUUUAAACUGAGCUCAAUGAGUGGUUCAGCCCACACUGAUGGGCUGAUGGGUAUUCAGCUCCCAUGUUCCCACUGCUUGCACACAGUUUGCUGUUUGUGUCCUAUAAAGUGACCACACUGUCCUUCCAAGAGGAGCACUUCAGCCGUCCAGUGGGAAGAGCCCUAUGCAGCAGCUUGCUGUUUCCCAUGGUAUCGAAGCCACCUUGGCUGAGGGACAAUGUGAGGCUGCUUCCUCUUUUCCUGUGGCUGAGAUUGCUCACAGGAAGACUAUUUGCUCUGACCUGGGGGUGCCUCACCCUGGGCAGCAAGGGCCUGUCUUGCUCUGAACCCCACUUUUCCCAACCAAGGCCUGCACUCUUGUACAGUGCAGGAAUCCAUGGUUCUCUCUACAGGUGUGUAUUUCAGGAAUAGACAGGAUAGAGAAAACAAUCCUGCUGCUGAGUACACCAGCCCGAAGCCUAAAAGCCCUGCCUGUGCUCUUGACACCACAAGCGUUCCACCCUGCGUUUCUUUCUUAAGAGAACAGAUUACAGUAGGUGACCAUUGAGGCCAGGUGAUGUGUUUCUGUCUGUUCUAGAUUAACAAAGGAUCCCAUACACAUAAUUAUUAAUCAUGAAUGGAGAAAUGUUUAAUCGGUUUUCUGAAUGGACAUGGGGAAUUGGGGAAGGAGAGAGAGAGAGAGGGUGUAUAUGUGGGUGUGUGUCUUGGACAAGCCUUCCCUUUGAUUGAAUGGCAUUGGCUAACAUGAUUCCGGAGCUUCUCAGACCACGUGAGUAGGAACUUUGGUUCUGACUGUGGAGUAUCCCAGGGUGUUGAUGGGACCUGCAGGCCUGUUGCUAGAAUCCAGAGACUGGAGCUCCUCUUGCUCUUCUGGACUUGUGUUUGCCGGCCCCGGCCCCUCCUCCUUCACUGUGCCAUCUGAUGAACCAGGCAGUCCUUUAUCUGGAGAGAGAAGUCCAGUGCUGACAGAGGUCCUGGGGCACUGCUUUCCUAGACCGUGGCCAUGCCCAGCUCUAGCUCUUGAAGGACUUUGAAUGAGUACAGCAUCAGAAGGACUUGCCACAUGGCCAUCUGCCCCAAGGGAAAUUUUUAGGUGUUACCUUCUUAGCCACCUCUGCCCCCUUACUAGAAUUCCUUUCUCACCCGUUAUGUUUGUGUGUUGGUUUUUCUGGCUUUUCUCAAAGGAACACUGAUGUAGAGAAGGGGUGAGAGUGUUUUGCAGUGAGCUGAAUGUGCAUACGUGUUUGAGUUCUUUGUAUGAGGCUUUUCUCAUGUCUUGGUUUCUGUCUUGGGACAACACUGAGCAGGUGUCGAAGGCUGAAUAACAAAGCAAAUGAGUGGAGGCAGGGGAACCAUUAAGACCCUGGGAGGCAGCAACUCUUUGUCCAGUUUAGGGACUCCGGAGAAGUCACAGGUGCAGCAGCAGGACUGAGAGCAGGGGACGGGGUGGGAGUCACACAACCAAAGGUAGACUCAGGUCAGUUCAGUGCUCCUUGGUGGCUGUAGAUGUCAGAAAUCACCUCAGAAAAUCUAUCCUGGGAUUCUUAGGCUCAUUGGCCCCUUCUAGAGUCUGAGCUGAAGUUAACACUUUUCCUAACAGCAGUGGGGAUCACAGUGGCAGACGGCACAGAGCACCCUAGUUUCCUAGCCUUUUUCAUUGUGUGGCGGGACCUGCUGAAUCCAGUUGUCCUACACUGCCUGGCCGCUUUCCUGUCCUCAGACGGGGGCCUGGGACACAGCACUUGGCUGUGUGGCAUCCAUGUGACAAUCCUUAGUUCUCUUAGAUAGAUAUGUGCGUGUGUGUGUGUUCCUGUUGGGUAACUUCUCUAAGCCAGGCUUUACUAAAUCAGUGUUCUCACCAUGCCCUGCCCUUCUCUCUGCACUUAGGAUUGUAUAGAACACAUGUAGAUUCUUCUCAGUGCAGUGUAAGAAUGUGAUAUAUUGUAUAUUGGAAAGUAUUUACCUUAUUUAUAUACCUGAAUGUUCCUAUUAAACAAAUAAACAUAUCUUAAAUUCUA